AUGGUUCUAGUCCUGUCGCAGGACUAUUGUGAUACGGAAUUGUGUGACCAAGGAGUUGCUCACAUCGGUUGUAACGCCAAGACCGAAUUGUCUAGCGCUUGUAAGGAUGGUUCCAAGUACACCUUCGACGAUAAGUUGAAGAAAAUUCUGCUGGAUGAGCACAACAACUACCGGAAUCAGGUGGCUAAGGGAGAGCUGGACUGGUUGCCUUCGGCUUCCAGCAUGGUUCGAAUGGACUGGGAUGACGAUUUAGCUUAUCUGGCAGAGCUGAACGCCAUUCAAUGCGAGUUCGCCCAUGACAAGUGCCACAAUACGAAGAGUUAUCCGAAUUCCGGCCAAAAUAUCGCCAGCUGGGGAACAAGCGGAAACGACAUCGAUAUCGAAGCAACGUUGAAAACGCUGGUUAAGGAAUGGUGGGAUGAGCGUCAUUUUGCCACUCCGAAGCUGAUCAAAAAACUGUACGACAAGGAGAAAGCACUACACUUCACGAUGCUGACGCGGGAUGUGGCUAGUCGAGUUGGUUGCGGAAUGAUCAAGUAUCGCCAGGGCGAAUACCUGUGGGUUCAGCUGGUUUGCAACUAUUCCUACACGAACAUGAUCGGAACACCGGUCUACAAGCAGGGUAAAGCAUGCUCGGAGUGCAAGUCCGGCUGCGACAGCGAGUACGAUGGGCUGUGUGGCAAGGAUGAAAAGGUGGAUGUUUCGUAA